AUGAGUGGUAGACCAGGCUACGGUUACGGUAACGGAUAUUCCGACGCCGGCCGAAAUGACCAAGGAGAUGGCCCUUACGGGGGCAGCAACAACCUCGGACCGAACGGAUACAGCGGCCGAAGUGCUGGGAAUACAGGAGGAGCCCUUCGCCCUGGCGGCUACGGCGGGUUUUACCCAGAACAGUCACAGCAACCGUCACUCUCACCAGCCCCCUCCCCAGAACGUCGGCGCGACCGCUCAGAGCGCGAACGUCAGCAGCCAUCGUCCUCACGAUCGCGAUCACGGAACGAAAUCGCUGAUAGGAGACACCAAGGCCAGAGAGAGGAUCGGUCCAGAGACGGUCUGCGGCCUCCAGAUAGCCGUGGUCGAGAUAUGAAUCAACCGGAUGCAGGCGUGCCCGAGGCUAGCACGCGUGAAAUGCAGUCUGUUGAAGCGGUGCUACAGUCUAUACAGCGCGAUUGGGACUUUAUGACGGACUCUGAAUGUAUCCCCGUGCAUGUCGCCCUGAGUUUGAUGGAUACGAGCACAUUGGGCAAGGCGGACCGAGAGCCGGACUUUUUGCAUAUGUACAACGACAUUCAGAAGACGCUCAAAGCAAUUGUCAACGAACACCAUCAAGGAUUCAACAGCUCCAUCGGUACAUACCAUAAGAUCCAGACCAACAUUUCAAGCUCUCAAAGCCGAGUGCGCAACCUGCGAACCUCCCUGGAGGAAUCAAAAUCUGGGCUGUUGUCAACUAAACCAGAGCUGAAGGGAUUGGCGACCUCCUCGCAAAACUACGACGACAUUCUCCAACUUUUUGCUCAGAUUGAAGAGAUACAGUCUCUCCCUGAAAAGCUAGAGUCGACACUUUCCGAUAAGCGCUUCCUCGCGGCAGUAGAUAUCCUUCACACGGCUCUCCGACUACUCAGGCGCUCUGAGCUUGAGGAUAUUGGUGCCUUGGCCGAUGUUCGCGCCUACUUCAACAACCAAGAAACUUCAAUCACCGACAUCUUGAUUGAGGAACUGCACGAUCAUCUAUACCUCAAAUCUCCUUAUUGCUCAGACAGAUGGAAAGCAUCAAAUGGAGAAGGUGAAAUCACUCAAACCAGUUGGACCGGCAACCGUUCUUGGGAGCGUCCUAUUUACAGCUUUCUAACCAAGUUUAAUGCAUCUUCACCAAUGGUCGAGGAUGCCUCGCGCAACCCAGAAGCGGAUACUUUCUCAUACAUUCAACUUCUGAUUGAGUCUCUUAACAAGAUGGGCCAUCUUGACACCGCAGUUGAUCGGAUUGAGCAACGCCUUCCCGUGGAAUUGUUUGCUGUGGUCGACAAGACGAAUGCCGAAGUCGAUGCUCGCUAUCCUACUCCGAAUCGUACCUACUCAUCACACGACAACCAACUCAAGUCCAAUCUUCCCACGCGGAACAUUGAAGAGCGAGGCCAUGUGCUGACUGAAUUCCUCUGGGCUCUCUAUGCCAAGUUUGAAUCGAUUGCAGAGGGCCACCGGGUCGUCCACGAUGUCGUUGCGGGAAUUGUAUCCCGAGAAGGUCUUACCAAGGGCGAGACUCUUGGUGGUGGAUUCAAGGAACUGUGGAAGCUUCUCCAGAGCGAGAUCCGAUCUCUGCUACACGACUACCUUGCGACUGACGGAGAUGUCUCCUUCAGAUCCAGAGGCGAGGAGGCAGAGGCCAGACGGAACAACUACCAAGGUAAUCGAGAUAAGAACAAGAAGAUGUUCAAACUCUCCGACAUUGACCAGAAUUCGGAAAUGAAAGCCGAGCAAGAUGAACUGGAUGAAAUCCUGAAAUCAUCAGUACCCGGAUUAGUUUCCAAGACAAGGCAAAAGGCUUCCGCAACCGAUGCCGCGCAGGCGCAGAAGGGAAAUUCAGGUACUGGUCAUAAGAUUCUUCUUGAGCCGAGUGUUUUCAAUAUGCGUCUGCUUCUGCCACCGUCGCUCUCCUUCAUUCAGCGUCUCAAGGAUAUCGUCCCUGUUGAUUCGGACAUUUCUAUGAGCACGUUGACUUCUUUCCUGGAUGACUUCAUGGUCAACGUCUUCCUUCCACAGUUGGACGAGACUGUCACCGAUCUGUGCACGCUCUGCUUUAUUGCCGCCGAUGCAUUCACAGAGGAUCCCCAGUGGAACAAGGUUUCACCCCGCCCAAUUUUCCGAGGAACGGUCAAAUUCAUGUCGAUCGUGCGGGAAUUUAGCAAAAUGCUGUCAAGUAUUCCUCAUGAUCAGGCAUUUACGCAGCUUCUAAUUGAUCAGAUUGUUACCUAUUACGACAAGUGUUGCGGGUGGUACAAAGCAAUGGUCACGAAGGUUUCUGCUCGGAACCAUGGGGGUGAAGUACGACUGAAAGCCGCUGCUUCAUUCGCCGAGUCUGGCGACAUCCACGACAUCAUUGAUGAGUUGUGGAAAGGAGCUGGCUCGAAGAAGCAGGCGCUUAUCGAUACUGAAAUCGAUCUUCUCCUCAAGCGCACAGACCAGACACCCUUGGAGCCCUAUGAUAUCAUUUCUGAUCCGAAGACCGUUGUUGCCCUUUCGCUUCUGUAUAAUAGCAUGCAAUGGCUUGGAAGCCACCUCGCAAAGAUCAGACAUGUGCUUGAUAAUACAUCGCAACCAGAGUCGACGGUCUUGACGUCAAAUGGUCGGCCAUCACGAAGAUGGACUUUGUUUGGUGCCAUGAAGCCUAAACGCGAUAGCAUCAACAGCCCAGUCUAUCUGCCACUGAACCACGAAACGGCUGAGAUCUUUGACCAAAUACUUCAUUCAUUGCACGGACUCGGAACCAAGGCACUCCUGACAUUGCAUGUUGAUAUUCGCUGCGGCAUCAUCCACAUGCUGACCAAGACCAUGUCGGGACCGAACCCCCCGAGCGUCCGGAAUUCCGAGCCUACAACCCCAUCUCCAAGUACAAAUGAGAGCUGGUGGCAUAUUAUUCUGAACCAGCCGACGGCAGCCUCUCCGUCAAUUCUCCAGUUGAAUGGUGACCUGAUCGCAUUCGACACUAAUAUCUCCACCUAUCUCGGCCCAGCGGAACAUUGGUUCAUCGCUUCGGGUCUGGCUCGUUUCAUUGACCGUGUGUUCGUGGCCUGCACGCGAUACAUUGGUGCUAUGAAUGAGAAUGGUGCUCUGCGGCUGCAGCUGGAUGUGUUGGUUUUGCAACAGAACCUCAAGAACAUCAUCAUCGACACCACCACGGACUCUGUGACUAGCCCGGUAGACCCUGCAACUCAGGAGAUUGUGGCUUUGCCUCGCAGUGCCAAGUUCCUAGAUUGGUUCCUGGAAGGAGCCGAAAAGUCCCUGGAGUACGCUAAGGAGGAGAAAGAGGCGUUCGCGGCGCAGGGUGAUAAGGCACUAGCAGCUGGCAACGGAGAGCCAUUUACUUACGACGAGCUCCGUGUACUUGUGGAUCUGUGUUUCUCAGAGAUGCUACGGGGACCUCGCGGUGCAGAGAGUCGUGAAGACUUUAUGGCAGCUAAGAAGGCCAGCGCCGAUGCACUGCUGCAUUUGAACGAGGUUAUGUGGGAUGCGCGAUAG